CAGUCCUGCUUAAAGACACACACAUGGACUACAACCUGUCUGCCAUUAGGCAGCAGCUUCAAGGGCACAGGCAGCCAAAGGGGAGGAGGGCUGCUACACCUUCCUCUCCCCACGACACAUCAGCACUUGGCACAGGGGAGGCUCCAUAGCACGCUCACAAAUCUACAACUAAAGACUUAAAUCCCAAGUUGCAGCAGGCAGAGAAGGGGAGGGCAGUAAUCUAAGGCUCUCAGCACCCCCAUGUGCCUGGUUGGAUCAUGGAGCUGCACUGUCUUACUACUGAGACCCCAACCACAGCCAGCUCCUGCUCCACGGACCCCCUGUACGACAACUGCCCACCUUUUGCCCAGCCAGGGAGAGCCAGGGAAAAGGAAAUGGAGAGUAGGGUUGUGUGCCCGGCUGUAACCAGACUCCCAGACCCCUGCAGCCCUCAGCCUGGUCUGGCCCCAGCUGUGGCUAAGGUUCCCACACUGAUCGCUGGGGAAAGAGGGACUGGCGCCUGGCCAGAUCACAGCUACUGCAGCUGGAGAGGAGGCCUGGGAAGACAGGGCUGGGAAGCAGAGCUGGGUCCAGGCAUAAACAGAGCAAGAGGAGGAGAGAGAGGAGAACAGAAAUGUAGCUGGGGAGUUGAGGACAGAGCUCAUCUGAACCAGAGCCCCAAUCCAUCCCAGAGCGAGGAGCACAGGAGUGCUCUCUCUCUGUAUGAUAACCUCUCCGACGCUGUCACCCCCGACAGCCUCCAAGAGGUCUUUGACAUGGAAACGAGCUUCCAGGAGCACUGGCAGGAGCAGAUGUACAAAGCAUGGGCCCCUGAGCAGAUCCAGGGACUGAUGGAUGUUGAGGGAGUGAGUGAAGACAAGAGCACCUGGUCCUCUUGUGAGAUCAUCCUCGCUGAAAGCGGUUCCAGUAACCAGGACCAGAAUCCGGUCCAGGACAAGAAGCAUGACAAGGAGCUAGAGCUGGACUCGGGAUCCUGUGGAUUUAAGCAGAGGGACCCGAUGCCACUUCCUCCACGUCUUACAGCAAGUUCCCCUCGGCUAUCCCAAGCUGGGUGCCAGGUUCUGUGGCCCCCAGCUGAAGCCCAGCAGCCAUCCUGGUCUCCCAGGGUGCCUCCUCCCGUUCCCCUGGCAGACCCCUCCGCCAGUGCCCUCCGCAGCGUCCUCACUGGUCUCCAACAGCAAAUAGUCAGACAGAGGGAGGAGUACGAGGCACGAAUACUCAGCCUAGAGCAAAGAAAUGAAGAGCUGCAGGUCGAGGUUGUUCGGUUGAAAACAAACCUCACACAGCAGCGGCACUGGUACCAGGCUGUCCAGGCUAAGAUCACGGAGUCUGAAAUGACCCGGGCUGCCGCAGAACUACGCAAUGCAACUCUGCAGAAGGAGAUGGAUCAGUUCUUUGACACCUUCGGAGAGCUCAACAAUGAAGCCAAGAAGACAGAAUAUAUCGUCAAGAGUUUUUGAGAAAAUAAUACAUGAAUUGUGUGUGAUGAUAUGAACAGUGUGUGCAAAAAAGGAGAGAAGGGCACAAGACUGGCUAGUCUUUAAACUCUCGAUAGGAUCAUGUAUAGUAGUUUGUCACUAUCUACAUGGAAUAUUUCCUUCCCUAAUUAGGAAAAAUAUGUAAUUAUUUCUAUUUUAUUCUUAGUUAUUCUAAGAAUCUGAGAAAUAUACAAAACAUCACUGAAAGAAAAUGAUCACUGAUGUCCACUUUAUUAGUUAAGUAAGGGCAGAAGAUGUUGGCCAGGUGAUUAUAUUAUGGUAAUUGCAUUCACACAGGACAUCUCUGAAAAUAAAAGGAGAGAUAAACUGAACAAAAAUUUGAGAUGCACAGUGUAUGCAAUGGAGCUUUUUUCUGUUUUAAACAUGUUAAAACAGGUUCUGAGCAUCCUUAUCUGAUCAGAUUUGUGGGAGUAAAUGUGCCACUCCUCAGGUCAUUUAAGGCAUGACUGAAAGAAGAAGGUCAUGGGUUUUGAAAAGGAAAAUAUAGUGUACAACAAUAAAGUCCUCAGUGACUCCAUAGUGUCAUAAUUCUGCAUGUCCAUCAUACUAUGUAAUCAGUUCUGCAAAAAGCAGCUCCACAGUCCAUUUUUCUCAUCUUUUAAGUGUCCAUCUUGAGUUCCAAGGUCCAGAUUUCCAUUCAGGACCCCACAGUCACAUCCUCAUUUUUAACCACGUCUGCUUUUUUGUCGAGGGGCCAACUUCCUCAUAUACUCUACCCUUACAACCAGGCGACUGCUGUCUUUUAAGGAUGAUUGAAAGAAGAUAAUGAAGGAAAGCGCUGCACAGUACUUUUUUAAACACACACACAAACACAUAUAGGCUUACAAGGCAAAAAAAAAAAAAAAAAAAAAUACAUCUGCAUCAAACAGGCUUUCAGAACCAAGAACAUCAAGGUACUGUAAGAAAAAGAACAGACCUGAAUGGAUUUCUCUUCUAUAACAUGAACUACGGUAUCUUAUCGGCAUCUUUAAUGCCUUCAUGCAAGUUAAACACAAUUAUUUGCGUUUUACUGCCUUUACAUGUGUUCUACAUGAUAUCUGAUUCAUAAUGUAUUUUGUGACUGCUCCAGUACUAAUGGAAUGGUUUAGAAAAGGAGCAGCCAGUGCAUUGAUUUUGUCAAUGAAAUGCUUCGAUAAGAGGCUUAUUUUACAUGGGCCUCAAUGUGAUUGUGUGCAACAUUUUGCAAGAACACAAACAUGAAUACUAGAUGUAUCUUUUUGCCUGCCCCAAAUUUACAGGAUCAUGAUGUUUUUUUGAUAUACACAUUGUUAGUCAGUACCUUAUGUCCAAAUGUGGGUGCAAUAUGGUUUUCUACAGAUAUGGUGGGUUUCUAAACAAAAUGAGCACACCUUACCUAUUAGUAGUGAAAUGGUCUACAGCGACUAUGAGUGUCAGAUUAUGACAUCUUUACAUACAGUACAUAGUAUCAGGAAAUAAAAAUUGAACACUGCAAACCCAGCUUCCCCUAGCUGUCAGGAAGAAAAGCUUAAAAUCCACAUCACUCGAGGCAAUUCAU